GCUUCUUCUUCUUCAUGCAACAUCAAAGCGCCAAUCUUUUGAUUUGGAUUUUAUAUCAGGAUUUUAUCAGACCUGUUUUAUCCACAGCUAAUUAAAAAGAACAAACUCAAAAAUGCAAGUUGAAACUGAGGUGAGCGUUCCAAUAUCUGAAGCAAAGGCUGAAGAUCGUGAAGUAGCAUCUGAGGUAAAAGAUGGGGAAGUAACCUCUGUGAAAGCGAAGGAGAAUGAGUAUGCUUAUCUAGAAACGACAGGAUUCACGUCGGAACGAUUCAAGAUUGAGAUCCGGAAUUUGCCUAAACAUUAUGGGGUUGCGGAAUUAAAAAAGCUGCUCAACAAUGAGUUGUCGCUUUCGACGAACAAGAUCAAAAUCAUGCGACCAGGUUGUCCGUUUCUGUUCGUAUGCUUCCGGGACGAGGAAGGACGUCAGGCAGCGAUAAAAAUAAUAAACGGUUACACCUGGAAAAACAAGAAACUGCAAGCCUUCGAAGCAAAACCAGCUCCGGAUCCGUUAAUCAAGCGAAGAAAUGAAGCGGCGGGUGCGGAUGGAGUAGUCACCGUUAAAAAAAGGAAAACUCUCGAAGAAUCGGUAACGGCCUUAUCAUAUCUGAGCUACGAAGAUCAGUUAGUACAAAAGCAAUCGGAAAUGAGAAAUGUUCUUAUCAAUCUUGGAAAAGAAGUUUGGAAAACCUGUCCUGGUUUAAGAUCUUUCGUUGAGCAGCAACGGAAGCUGUUCGAUGGACUACCAUGUAAAUUGGAACGGAUCCAGAAAUCCCCUCAGAUAGACGGAUAUCGCAAUAAAUGCGAGUUUUCGGUGGGGAAAGAUGACCAGGGAGAAAUUCGAGUCGGAUUUCGCGUAGGGAGUUACUCAAAUGGAUUUCUGGAUGUUGAAUCACCCCAAAAUUUGAAGAACAUUUCCGACAAGAUGAAGGAAACCGUUAAAUUCUACGAAGAAUUUGUUCGUGGGUCAGAGUAUGACGUGUAUAGUCCUGAGACAUAUCAGGGCUGUUUUCGGCAGCUAACUGUCCGUACUUCCAGCAGCACGGGAGAAGUCAUGGUAGUCAUUGGGAUUCAUCCUCAAUCAAUGACUGAAGAAGAACUUCUUAAAUUCAAAUCAUCGGUUGUAGAGUAUUUCACAUUAGACAAUGUGAAGGCCAUCGGAAUAAGUUCCAUUUAUCUGGAAAAAAUAGGAAAACGGAUAUCGGGACAGACAGUGAACCCGAUUGAGCAUCUGCACGGAAAUACACAUAUCGUAGAAGUGAUCCAUGGGUUGAAGUUUCGCAUCAGCCCGCUAGCAUUUUUCCAGAUUAACACUCCCAGCGCUGAGGUGCUCUACCAGUGUGCAAUUGACCUCGCAGAAUCAACCCCACAAACUAGUGUUCUGGAUAUCUGUUGUGGAACGGGUACGAUUGGAUUGUGUUUCGCCAAGCACUGCAAACAGGUGUUGGGCGUUGAGCUUAUCCCUCAAGCAAUCGAAGAUGCAAAGUAUAACGCCGAAUUGAACGAAAUCGAAAAUUGUAAAUUCUUUGCCGGAAAUGCUGACGAUUUGAUAACGUCGCUUAUUCGAAAUGCCAACAUUGAAACCGGAGAGAACUUGGUGGCGAUCGUGGAUCCUCCGCGAGCUGGAUUGCACGUCCGGUCGAUUACUCAGCUGCGCAACGCUCGCGGCUUGAACCGGCUGGUUUACGUGUCUUGCUCGCCGUUAAGCGCUGUGAAAAAUUGGGUUGAUUUGAUGCGACCUUGUUCGAAGGCAAUGCGUGGCAGUCCAUUCCUGCUCAAAAAGGCUAUUCCUGUGGAUUUGUUCCCGCACACACCACACGUCGAACUGGUUUUGUUGUUUGAGCGAGACACUGCCAAGGAUGAUGAGCCUGCGGAUACAGUGGGCGUCGAAAGCGAGACGACAGAGAAUGCUGUUAGCGAUGAUACGAAAACGACUGGAGAGUAACCAAAGGAUAAAUUUGAAUUACAUGAAUAAUUCUACAUGUAUACAUAUAAAGGUAAGUAUUUCAGCAUAAUUAUGUCGAAUAAAAAAAUUAAAUUCUA